AUGACAACUAUAGGAAAAAAACGAUAUUAUCCAAUAAGUAAUGAAUCUGAUGAUAAUGAUAAUAAAGAUAUUUCAAAUUUAAAUUUUCAAUCAUUAAAUAAACAUCAUAGUUCAACUACAAUUGAUUUUCUAUCUCCUCGUUUGAUUGUUAGUGAACGGCAACAAUUAGCUAUACUUAAACAAUUAACAGCUAGUAAUGAUAAAUCAAAUAUUGUUCUACAAUCAUCAUCUUCAAUAAUUUCACAACAACAUUCAACAAAAAUUCAUCGACGUAAUGAACAUGGUGAAACUAUUCUUCAUAUAGCUGCAAGAAAAGGAGAUUUAAAACAAUUAAAAAAAGAAUUAAAAGAUGGUGCAAAUGUUAAUGAAGAAGAUAAUGCUGGAUGGACACCAUUACAUGAAGCAGUAACUAAAAAUAAAUUCAAAGCUGCUCAUUUUCUAUUAAAAUCUGGUGCUAAUUCUAAUGCAUUUGGACCUGAAGGACAAACACCACUUAUCGAUGCUGUUCUUAACAAUAAUAUUAAAAUGGUCGGAUUAUUAUUAAACUAUUCAGCUGAUCCAUCUAUCAUUGAUUUAACGCAUGUAAAUGAACCAAUAUUAAAAAAUAUAUUAAAAGGAGAAAUACCAACGUUAGAUUCAUUAGAAAAUGAAAAUGAUGAUGAAUCGAUAAGUCGUUCAUCAUCAAUAUCAAGUAGUGAUGAAUCAGAACAUGAUAUAGAAAAGAUUGAUAAACAUUCAUCAAAUAAUAAAAUUUCUACAAUAGAUAAAAAUUUAUCUAGAAAAACUUCAUAUGAUUUUGAAAGUGAUGAUAAUAAUGAAACAAUAAAAAAUCAUAAACAACAAUCAAAUAGUGCUUCAAUAUCUGAUGAUGAACAUAUACAUCAUAUAUCACCAUUUCAAAUUAUUUCAACUCGAAUUGAAUUACAAAACAUUACAGAUACUGAAAGUAUUAUUUUAUCUAAUAUGAAUAGUAAUUCUACAAUGGAAACUUCAACAUUAUCAAUAAUAAGACAAAAUGAAAAAUUCUUAUCAACAAUAAUUGCAUCUCCCGAGUUCAACGACAAGGUGAUAAAUCUUGAUGAAGAACAAGAAAAAAACGACAAAAAACAAGAAGAAAAUAAUCUUUCGUUAACUGAUAAAUAUAGUUCUUCUCUAGGAAGUCUCGACUAUGAAAAAUUACAAUCAUUACAAACGACUAUUUCUACAAUAGUUGAUAAUCUUAUAACACAAAUUGAUUCUAAUAUAAAUAUGCAUACAAAUACAUCUAAAAAACAAGAAUUAAUAAAGAAAGAAAAACAAAAUGAUUUAAAACAAACAAAACGUACAUUACGUUCACAUGCACGAGAAAAAUUAAAUUUAUCAAUAUCAUAUCAAACUUCAAAUCAUAAUCAACGUAUAUCAAAUCGACGACGAGCUUCAGAAAAAAAUAUAUCUUUUGUUACAAAUGAAAAAUUUCAACGAAAAAAAACUAUAUCUGAACGUUUAAAUAAUCAAAUAAUUGAACAUAAUCAUAAUCAUAAUAUAAUAAAUGAAGAUAUAAAUAUUAAUGGUAAUGAUGGAAAUUCUUCAAAUAAAAUAACAAUAAAUAUUAAACAAAUACAUAAUCAUUCAGAUAUUGAUUCAUUACCACCAAAUAAACGUCGAUUACGUGAACGAAAUACUGCUAUAUUAAAUUCUCCAGAUACAUCUACAACAAUAAAUUCUUCUUCAACAGAAGAAAAUAUUCCAAUAGAAUCAACAACACGAAAUAUGCCAAUAAAUUGUAUCAAAAAAUUUCUUGAAAUUCGCCAACAGAUUGAAAAACGACAUGAAACAAUGUUACAUGAUUUUGUUCAACCAAAAGUUCCAAAAGAUUUUGCUGAAACAUUAAUGGCAAAAAAAAAUUAUUUAAUAGCUCCAUCAUAUAAAUCAUUUUCAAUAACAACACCAGCAUCACUUGGUAUUAAACGUCUUAAUCCACCAUUGGAUCUUGAUUCACAUUUAUCUGAUGUAUUUUCUCGACAAGAAGAUGAACGAUAUAGAAUGAAAUUAAGACAUCAAGUCGAACGAGAUAAAUUAAUUUUAUCUCAUGAACAAGAAAUUUUACGUUUAUAUGGAAAUGCUACACGUCUAUCAAUACAUCAAGAUAUACCAUUAAGUUAUUGUUCAUUACUUAAAGAUAAUGAAGUUUAUAAUAAUCCAAUAAUACAAGAACGUACAUCAUCAUUUAUUAAUAAUGAUUAUACAAAUACAGAAUUAGGUAAACGUGGUAAAAAUCGUUGGAAUGGACGUUCAUUUAUUAAAUGGCUUGAAGAUUCAAAUCUUAAAUAUAAACGUCUUAGUUGUGAAAUUAAUCAACGACAACAUCUUGAAGCCAAUACACUUUAUUCUAUGCAACGUAUGGUUUGGUUAAAACAUUUACCAAAAGAAACAUCAUCAUCAGGACGAAUACAUACUCUUUUAUCUGAACAUUAUUUACCUAAAGUUGAAAUUAAUAAUAACUUUUGGACACAAUGGGAAAUAAAUCCAAUUUAG